GCUCACUCGUGGCUUUUUGGGAACUCUCUCGGUCGCUUCCUUUUCCUGUGGAAGUUCCAUUUUUUUCGUUGUUUUUUUUUUCCCAUUGCGUUCCGCGUUGCGUUCGCUUCCUCUUCCUAUUCCUUCUCCUUCUUCACUGUUUCCUCGUAAACAACUAAAACAUUAUACACACAAUGGCGGACGGCGGUUCACCCAGCGCGGCAUUGCCCGAAAUCGACGUUGACAACAUCAUUGAGCGACUCUUGUCGGUGCGCGGCGAGCGACCGGGCAAGCAGGUGCAACUCGCAGAGCACGAAAUCCGUGGCCUGUGCUUGGCUGCACGCGACAUUUUCAUCAAGCAGCCCAUCCUGCUCGAGCUCGAGGCGCCCAUCAAGAUUUGCGGCGACGUGCACGGCCAAUAUUUCGACCUGCUGCGCCUGUUCGAGUACGGCGGCUUCCCCCCGGAUGCCAACUACCUCUUCCUCGGUGACUACGUCGACCGUGGCCGGCAAUCGCUCGAGACCAUCUGCCUCCUGCUCGCGUACAAGAUCAAGUAUCCCGAGAACUUUUUCAUUCUCCGCGGCAACCACGAGUGCGCAUCGAUCAACCGAAUCUAUGGCUUUUACGACGAGUGCAAGCGCCGAUACAACAUUAAGUUGUGGAAGACGUUCACGGACUGCUUCAACUGCCUGCCCAUUGCCGCCAUUAUCGACGAAAAGAUCUUUUGCAUGCACGGCGGUCUCUCGCCCGACCUCCACUCGAUGGAGCAAAUCAAGAAGGUCAUGCGACCCACCGACGUGCCAGACACUGGCUUGUUGUGCGAUCUGCUCUGGUCCGACCCCGAGAAGGACAUUCAAGGCUGGGGCGAGAACGACCGCGGCGUCUCGUUCACUUUUGGUCCCGACGUGGUCAGCAAGUUCUUGCAAAAGCACGACAUUGAUUUGAUUUGCCGCGCUCACCAAGUCGUUGAGGAUGGCUACGAGUUUUUCGCCAAGCGACAACUCGUCACUGUUUUCUCCGCCCCCAACUAUUGCGGUGAAUUCGACAACGCCGGUGCCAUGAUGAGCGUCGACGACACGCUUAUGUGCUCGUUCCACAUCUUGAAACCGGCCGACAAGAAGGCUGCCGACAAGAAGAAGGCUGGCAAGACGUCGCCAAAGAAGGCGCUCAAGAAGGGCAUGUAAAAAAAAAAAGCCAGAAGCAAGACUCAAAAAAAAAAAGCAUCAAAUCAAAAACCACCACCCCCUCCACUGGAUAGUGAACUGCAACUGGAGGAUUUCCCUUGGGUCUUAUCUUCAGCGACUUUUUCCUUUCUGCUUCUUGUCACUUUCUUUGGAUGUUUGACCUGUCGUUUUGCUUCAUUUUUUUCUCUUCUUUUGGUAUUUCCUCUUUUGUGAGACUUGGACUGGCUGCCUUUUUCCGUGCAUCCUCUCGGGUUUUCUGUCGCUUUUGUCAUGUUGUUGUUUGUUGUUGUCUGUUCCUCCUCGAUUGAGUUUCCUUUUUUCGAAAAUGUUUUUUGGCCUCUCGCUUUUUUUGAACGCGCGCGUUUUGAUGGCGAUGCUGGCCUUCAGGAAUGGAAUGCAGCCCCAUCUUCGCGAUUGAUCUCCGAUGCUGAGCUGCUGACAUUGUCUGAUUUAUUCUCUGCUUUCAUUUUACCCUUGCGCUCGAACGUUCCUGUUCGUGUCGUCAAGCGCUUUUUGUAAAGCAUUCUGUAUACCCUCUUCUCUUUGUUCUGUGUUUUACUCCUCACUCACCAUUCCCACUCCCAAUCUUGCAUUGUGAUUACUCUAUGUGUUAUUAAACAUGACACUUUUUUUUUUUACGCUUGCAUCUCU